GGCAGCGCGGGGGGAAGCCGCGUGGGGAACCGACGCCUGAGCCAUAGCAAUGCGACCCUUCCCCCGCCUCGCACCCUCCCUUCGGGUAAACUGGCUGGGGAUAAUGGCGGCUGUAGUCCAAUCCCCGCUCUGCGCCCACCGUCGCGGCGCUUCUGCCGGGACAAAUUGACGGCUCGGGGCGCCCUCGGGUGGCCACGGAAGGCGCUGCGCCCAGAGAGACCUCGCUGUCACUUUCAUUUUCGACCCGGGAAACUCGCGGAGGCGCUUCGGGGAAAGGGGCCGCAAUGGACCGUCGCGGGGCAACGAAGAUCAGCACCGGGACCACCAUCAUGGCCGUGGAGUUUGAUGGCGGGGUCAUCUUGGGCUCUGACUCCCGAGUUUCUGCAGGACAAUCUGUGGUCAAUCGCAUCUUCAACAAGCUGGCACCUCUGCAUGACCGGAUUUAUUGCGCGCUCUCCGGCUCAGCAGCUGAUGCUCAGGCCAUGGCCGAUCUGAUAAAUUACCAGCUGGAGCUCCACAGGUGAGGAAGCGCAAGGAACCACUCCUGUGGGCCCACUGUCCCGCGGAAUAGGCAGCGUACCAAUGUAGGCAAAGAAAUGGAUAAAUGAAAUGUGCUGACUUGCGGGGAACGCUACAGCCGCUACCGUGCUUAG